GAGCCAUCGAGCUGACGGAGCCAGGCAGCGGAUUUCUGUCCACUGCACAUUCAAAGUUCUCAGCACACUGACUUUGACCGAAGAAACAUGUCUAUACUCAGGCUGAGGAGAAUCAGGAACUUGACUCUGCUGUUUUGUGUCAUCACAUUUACAAUGAUUCUGUUCAGCUACAGUCUCUGGGACCCGUCCCUCUUAUUCUCCAAGCACGCCCUUCACCCCAAACGGCCGUGUUCCUGUCGACAUUGCUUGACAGAUCUGGAUGAUGACCCCUGGAAUGCUGAUCACUUCAAUCGGUCCAUCCACCCUCUGAUGACCAGAGAGAACAGCGUCCUCUCUGAGGAAACCUUCAAAUGGUGGCAGUCGUUGCAGUCAGGGAUGAAGCCGGCCAACUACAGCGAAGUGGUGGAGGAGCUGUUCCAAGUCAUCCCUGAUGAGGUGCUCUACAUGGACGCUAGGCCCGAGCGCUGCAGGACCUGCAGUGUGGUGGGGAACUCGGGGAACCUGAAGGGGUCAGAGUACGGCGACCUCAUCGACUCUAGCAAGUUCAUCUUCAGAAUGAACAUGGCUCCCACCAGUGGCUUCGAGGAGGAUGUGGGAACCAGAACAACUCAUCAUUUUUUGUAUCCAGAGAGCGCCAUCGACCUGGACAACAACACCAGACUAGUUCUGAUCCCUUACAAGACUCUGGAUCUUCAGUGGCUCAUUAGUGCCCUCACCACAGGCACUAUUAAACACACCUAUUUACCUGUCGUUCCCAGGAUAAAAGCAAACAGAGAUAAGGUGUUAAUUUACAACCCCACAUUUUUCAAAUACGUCUACGAUUCUUGGCUAGAGGGGCACGGACGUUACCCUUCGACCGGCUUCCUCAGCUUAGUGCUCGCUCUCCACAUAUGUGAUGAGGUCAGUGUGUUUGGAUUUGGGGCCGACCAGUCCGGAAGCUGGCACCACUAUUGGGAGAAUAACAACAUGAAACACACGGGGGUCCACGACGGAGAUUACGAACACAACAUCACCAUGCUGCUGGUGGAGAAGCACAAAAUCAAAAUGUUUCACGGCACAUGAUACCAACCCUGUUGUGUGCAGUGGGACGAACCUCACACACUCACCGACAGCCUUUCAAUGAUGAUUUUCCCUUCACCUCACGAUGGAAGAACACUUCAAUGAUUUCCAAGGACAUUGUCGAAUGAACUCGUCUCGUCUUUACAGCUCUCUGUUGCUUGCUGGAGCUACUGUUUGAGAAGUGUCACUCCUAUUUACCAACCCACGUUUUCUCUUUGAUCCCAGAAAAAGACCCUGACACGCCGUCAAGUCAAGACUAAAGCAACACUGCCACUUGUUUCAGGGCGUUCUCAUAUUAUGUACAAUCGCUUUGCAACAUGCCUCAGUGUGAUCGUCCUCCCCCUCUCCGCCUGCCACUCAGCCUCUACAUAAGUAGUGUUAUUCUGUACCUGAAUACACACGCACAUCUGCACACUCUGAUACAGUGGGCUGUGUUAUGCAGCUAGUUGGUUUGUGUUCCAUUCAAACCAUAUACUGUAUUUAAAAAACGGACGUCAUGAAAGCCCCUCUAAAGCAGGGGUGUCCAACCUACGGCCCAGGGGCCAACUGCGGCCCGCUAUCCAUUUUUAAUUGGCCCGCAUCAAAAAAUAUUUACAUUUUUAAAAAAAAAUAAUAAUUCUUAUAGCACUUUGUAGUUUUGCUUUAUUUUUGGGGAAAUUGUACUUCCUUGAAUCUUGUUGUUCUGGGUUUUUACCCUUGGGUUGAAUGCACUUAUUGUAAGUCGCUUUGGAUAAAAGCAUCAGCUAAAUGAAAUGUAAUGUAAUGGACUAUGGCCCAGUGUAUUGCACUUCUCAGUUAAGACGCUAGGUGGCGCCCAACUCACCCCUGACCAACGCGUCUGAUGCGCACUGUCAACAGUCCGCUCCAGGGCAAGGGGGCGUGGCGGCGCGAGUGGCCCAGACCUUCGUAUUUUUUUCUGUAUGUUGCCCUCGGGAUGAAAAGUUUGGACACCCCUGCUACAAAGUGAAGCCAAAGCAUUGUGAUCGCCACCUGAUGGCUGGCUGUGGUAUUGGUCAUAAAUCCUGCCUCCUCUAUGUUACUGGAUGAGACAUGGGCCAAACUAAAAAUCCAAAGAACACGUGAUGGUUUAUGGAGUUAUUAUCACACUGAUGUUUGUUCAAGUGACAUUUUUUUACCCAAAUUAUUUUUCUCUUAUUUGAUGACAUAUAUAAACAGGUUGAGAUGUCAUGAUUGACAGCUGAGACUGACUCACAAUUGGUCAAGUUACGUCAGUUGAGGGAGGAAGUUGUUAGCAUAGGGUUUGGGUUAGGGGUUAGAUCUUUAUAUCUUCUAUGGUUUUGCCAAUAAACACAAAGAGGAGUACACCUGCAAUUGUGUCAUCAGGAAUGCAACGUUAUUUUCUGUUGUCAGACUUUUCUUUUCAGAAGUGGCACAUACUUCAUAUUCCAAGUCUUGGCAUUUCUUGUGUCUUGUUUAGUUUUGAUUGUAGCCUAUUUUUUCAUGUACCCAAGUUACAGGACAAACAUUUAAUUUAUUUUCUAGACUUUAGAGACAUUUACUCUGUCCCAAUUCAGGCUCUGCAUCCUUCGGGGUGGGAAGGAGACAGCCUGCGUGGGCCACGUAGAACAGGAAGGCCGAACCGAAAUUUGACGGUCUGGUCUAUCAAUCAAUCAAUCAAUCAAUCAAUCAAAUUUUAUUUGUAUAGCCCAUAUUCACAAAACACAAUUUGUCUCAUAGGGCUUUAACAUGGUGUGACAUCCUUUGCCCUUAACCCUCAACAAGAGUAAGGAAAAACUACUAAAAAACCCUUUUAACAGGGUAAACAUAACGUAGAAACCUCAGAGAGAGACACAUGUGAGCGACGUGGUCUACAGGGGAUUUCUGUUAUCGGUGUCUUUUUAUGUAUUUUAACUCAUUGAUUAUGGCCUCUACAUUAUCCUGGACUUCUGAAAUUAAGUGUUUAAAUUUUGAUUAUUGAUUCCAUGUGUUUAUUUUUGUGUUUAGAUUUAUGUUUUCUCCCUGAGUUCUUUUUCCUGUUUUAUUUUGUAGUUUCUGCUCCCUGUGUGUUUUCCACCUUUGCUUCAUGUUUUUGUUCUGUUUCCCGCCCUUGAGAUUGUCUGCACCAGUUCCUCAUGUGUUUCACCAUGACCAAUGCUUUUUUGUUCAUAAACUUUUAUUAUUUUUUUGCUUUUCUAUUUGAGGACUUUUGUCAGCCCUGCCUCUUGUUUUCCAGGGCAUUUUGGUAUGUGGAUUUUUUGCCUCAUUAAAGGACACUUUUAGUUCAA